AUGUCGCUCCCCCCACAACUGCCGACACCAACAGGGAGUGAUAACGAGUACGUGCACAUAAGAUGCCUUAUCGCGAACAUACAUAGGCCCAAGAAUGUUUCGAGGCCGCCCGUCGCGCAGAUGGAGCCGCCGCUCGAGGUGGUACAGGAGUCGCCCGGGUCCUCGGACACGGAGCACAGCGGCUGCAGUGGUUCCGGCUCGGAGAGGUCCGAGGCGAACACCGCGGCCGACGAGCCGCCGACGCGUAGGGCCAAGAGCAACAGCUUCGCGGGGCCGAUGCUGGCGCCGCCCGUGCUGCAGCACCACAAACGGCGGCGACCGUCCUUCCUCCACCUGAACGUGGGCGGUGGCAGCGAGCACGCUGGGCCGCAUUCCGCUGGCCCGCACUUCAGCGUGCCCCGCUUCACGGUCACCGCGCCGCCAGGGGAGCAGCGCCGCUUCAGCCACGGCUUCGCCUUCCACGGCUUUGCCCUCAGGCGGCACUCCAAUACGGUCUGCGUGGACAUUUCUCGAAGCCUCCACCGCAGCGAGUCGAUGGUAUCGCUGGCGUGUUUCAAGACGCUGUCCCAACUGGUGAACAGCGAUGACACGACCGAGCUGCAGCAAUACCUCGCCAACAACAAGAAUGUCAACAUCGACGACAAGGACGAGAACGGCACCACGGCGCUCAUGCUGGCCGCGGAGAGCGGACGGACGGCCGCGGCGCGGGUGCUGUUGGCGGGCGGCGCGGACGCUUGCGCCGCGGACGCGGACGGCUGGACGCCCCUGGCGUUCGCCGCGCGCGGCGGCCACCUGCCCCUCGCCAGGGAACUGCUCGACGCGGGCGCCCAAGUCGACUCGAGGGACUGCGGUGGUUGGACUCCCCUAAUGUGGGCCUCGUACAAAGGCCACGACGAGAUUGUUGGGCUGUUACUGGAAAAGGGUGCCGACGUUCACGCGCACGGAAAUUACAAUAUCAACUCGCUGGUGUGGGCGGCCGGGCGGCGGCACAGCGCGGUAGUGCAACGUCUCCUGGCGGCGGGCGCCAGGCCCAACUCGUGCGACAAGUACGCCACGUCGGCGCUCACGUGGGCCGCGAGGGCGGGCGACGCCGCCUCGUGCGCGGCCCUGCUGCGCGCCGGCGCCGACGCCAACACCGCCGGCAUGCACUGCUGGACGCCGCUGCUGCAAGCCGCGCACGGUAAUCAUUUCGAAAUUGUUCAAAUGCUCCUCGAGCACAAGCCGAAUGUGAACGCGCUAGACAAGGACGGCUAUACCGCGCUCGCUAUAGCCUGCAAAGAGGGCUACUAUGAUAUCGCGUUGGCCCUCAUCAACUCCGGAGCCUAUAUUAAUGUUCAGGACCACUCGAAAGACACGCCACUCAUCCACGCCGUGAAAGGUGGCCACAAGAACAUCGUGGAGGCGCUGCUGAAGAAGCACGUAGACGUGGACUUGCCCGGCAAGGAGAAGAAGACACCAGUGUACACGGCCGUGGAGAAGGGCCACGUGGCCAUCCUGAAGCUGCUGCUGGCCUCGAACCCGGACCUCGAGCACUGCACAAGCAGCGGCGACACGGCGUUGCUGCGCGCGGUGCGCUCCCGCCACGCGGAGAUGGUGCAGCUGCUGCUGGAGAGGAAGGCGCGCGUCAACGCGGCUGACAACCGCGGCGACACCGCGCUCCACAUCGCCAUGCGGGCGAGAUCUAAGCAAAUCGUCGAGAUCCUGCUGAGGAACCCGAAGAACAGCCAGCUGCUGUACAAGCCGAACAAGAUGAACGAGACGCCGUACAACAUCGACAUGGGCUACAACAAGACGAUACUGGGCCAGAUAUUCGGCGCGCGGAAGCUGAACACGAACGAGGACAACGAGAACAUGUUGGGCUACGAGCUGUACAGCGCCGCGCUGGCGGACAUGCUCUCGGAGCCCAGCCUCUCUGUGCCCAUCACGGUGGGCCUGUACGCGAGGUGGGGCUCCGGCAAGUCGUUUCUGCUCAGCAAACUGAAAGAGGAGAUGAAGAACUUCGCGCGCCAGUGGAGCGAGUCCGGCUGGGCGUGGUCGUGGGCGGUGGCGUGGGGCGCGUGGCACGGCUCGCUGCCGCUGGCCGCCGCGGCCGCGCUCGCCGGCGCGCCGCCCUACGUCGCGGUCGCGCUCGCCUUCGCGCUCUUCGCCGCCGCCUACCUCGCCUUCUACCUGCUCUGGAACCUCGGCAACAGAUAUGAGUGGUGGUGGGCUGGCGGCAUGAUGUCAACUUUGGGGCGUCGAUUCAAUUCCCUGCUAUUAGUGCUACAAGUUGUUUUCUGCCAUCCGCCCGGCCCUAACGACCCGCGCGCCCUGCCAGCGACUCCGAUAAGAUUCCACUUCACGGAGGGCAUGAAGAGCGGCGCGGGGCAGGAGGGCGAGGCGAUGGUGGUGCAGAUGAUCGCCAGCCUGGCGGAGGCGCUCGAGAGCCAGUACGGCCGCGUCUGCACCAGGCUGGCGCGCGCCUUCAGGCCGCGCCCGGUCUCCUCCACGUCCGGGUGGAAAUGGCGACGAGCGUGUUGCAUACCGCACAUAAUUACGUUCGAGGUGAUAUUCACUUGCCUACUCAUCGGGUUGUGCGUGUUGGUCAUGUACUUGACUGAAACCGGAGCGGAUCAGCAGCGGCGUGACGUCCAACAGGGGCUGCUGAUCGGCGCGUGCGCCGUGGGCGGCGCCGCGCUGCUCGCCAACGUGUACACGGCGGGCAGGGCGCUGGCCGCGCUCGCGCUGCCCCCCCGCGCCCGCCUGCUGCGCGCCCUCCGCCGCGACGCGCACGCGCUCGCGCUGCGCCCGGAGGUGCAGGCGCUCACCAACAUGGUGUUCUGCUUGGACGCGUUCACGGGGCAGCAGACGCGGCUGGUGGUGGUGGUGGACGCGCUCGACAGCUGCGAGCAGGAGAAGGUGCUCGCCCUCCUGAACGCCGUCCACGCGCUCUGUUCCGACCCCAAGAGCCCGUUCAUCCUCUUACUGGCCAUCGACCCCCACAUCAUAAGCAAGGCGGUAGAGAUAAACAGCCGGCGCGCCUUCUCCGAGAGCAACAUCGGCGGCUGGGACUACUUGAGGAACAUGGUGCAGCUGCCCUUCUACCUGCAGAACUCGGCGCUGCGCCGCGUGAAGAGCGCCCAGCAGACGGCCGCCAAGCGGAUGCAGGCGAUCGCUGCCGACGACUUCUCCACGUCUCUCCAGAGAUCGGUGUCGGCGCGGCGGCUGUCCUCCGCGUCGGAGGUGAUGUCGAGCCAGGAGCGCAUCAAGGGGCAGGCGGGCAAGGAGGGGGCGCGCGCGCGCCGCCUGCGCCCCUCCGAGUCGCUGGCGUCGUCCGUGGCGUCGGGGCUGCACCGCGCGCCCCCCGCCGCCGGCGCCGCCGACCUCGGCCGCGUGCUCCUCACCGACGACUACUUCAGCGACGUCAACCCGCGCAGCAUGCGCCGCCUCAUGAACGUGCUCUACGUCACCGGGAGGUUGCUGAAGGCGUUCCAAAUAGAGUUCAACUGGUACCAGCUGGCCUCAUGGGUAAACUUGACGGAACAGUGGCCCUUCCGUACCUCGUGGAUCAUCUACCACCACGAGACAUAUGAAGAACACAUCGAUGACUCGACCUCGCUGAAGCAUAUUUUUGAAAAGGUGAAACCCGCGCUGGCCGGUGCUCGCGAGGCUGGCGCGUUGCUGGAGCUGGACCGCGACGAGCGCAAGCUGGAGGUGUUCCUCGCCUUCCACCGCGCCACGCUCACCGCGGCCGACCUCAAGAUCUUCCUGCCGUUCACCAUCAACCUAGACCCCUACAUCAAGAAGGUCAUCAAAGAAGAACAAUUACAAUCGGGAGCAGAAGACGAAACACCUGCACCUAAUUUACCUUGGGGUGCCCAAAACACACGUCACCCACAUUCCAAACUAUUGCCUGGGAAGAAACAGAAAAUGGCGACCCCACAGGGAGUGGGCGCGAAUCCAGUGGCACCGCCGAUUUGGGUGGGCUGGGCCAAUACGCAGUAUCCGCAGAUGCAGCAGAUGCAGCAAAUGUCCAAUGUGCACCAAAUGGUGCAGAUGCCGCAAAUGCCGCACCACGUGCCGCAGAUAGCCGUUAAUCCUACGGCAUUGCUCAAAACCGCAUUCCCUAGUCUGGGCGACGUGUCCUCGGUGCGUCUGUCGACAUUGAGCGUGGAGCGCGCGUGCGCUCUGGUGCGGGACGCGCUCUCGUGCGGCGGGGGGGGGGGGGGGGGGGGGGCGGCGGCCGCGGCGGCCCUGCAGCGGCACCGCGUCUGCGGCCUCGUACUCUCCGCGUGCCGUCUGGAUGAACUCAAGCCGAUCCUGGACUUACCAUUCGGCGACUGGGAGCUAUUCAAGAUGCUGAUAAUGAAUCUUCGCGAGCUGGAGGCCAAUUUACCGCUGAACACGCCCGCUGUGGCAGUGAUUCCAGAAAAGUCGACGGAGACAGAAACCGAUGCGGUGAAACCGCGCUCUGUGCUGGAACACCAGCGCAGUCGGCCGACCAACGUCGAGAAACAGGUAACGUUGGAGGAGCAGAUGAUCUGCGGCGCGCUGCAGACCCUGAACGAGGAGGCGCUCGAGGACGUGCUGCAGUCGGAGCCGCCGCCGCCAGGUGAGCCCCCCCUCCGCACGAUCCGCGAGCACGCGCCCCGUACCCCCUCGGGCUCGCCCACGCCCACGCCCUCAACCACGCCCACGCCUACGGCCACGCCCACGCCCACGCCCGCCGCCGCCACGCCGCGCCGCCGCGCCUCCUCCGGCGACGAGGGCGAGCCGCGCGACCACGUCGUCAUCAACGUCGCCGACGACGUCUUCCUC